AUGAACCUCCUUUAUUAUUUAGGAAGCAUCUUAUUGUCAGCUAUUGUUUUUUCGUUUUUUCAAUAUUGUAGAAGAGAAGAGGAGAAACUGAGAAGAAAAAGAUUACUUUAAGAAGAAAAUAAAAGAAGGAUUGGACAAGAAAAAAUUAGAUAGGAGGAAGAGAGGAAGUAAUAAAUUGAAGAAGAAAAUAAAAGAAGGAUUGAAAAAGAAAAAAUUAGAUAGGAAGAAGAAAGGAAUAGAUAAAUUGAAGAAGAAAAUAGAAGACGGAUUGAAUAAGAGAAAAUUAAAUAGGAGGAAGAGAGGAAGUAAUAAAUUGAAGAAGAAAAUAAAAGAAGGAUUGAAUAAGAGAAAAUUAAAUAGGAGGAAGAAAGGAAGAAAUAAAUUGAAGAAGAAAAUAGAAAACGGAUUGAAUAAGAAAAAAUUAGAUAGGAGGAAGAAAGGAAGAGAUAAAUUGAAGAAGAAAAUAGAAGACGGAUUGAACAAGAAAAAUAAAGAUGGCAAUAUGAUGAUGAAGCAAAAAAGAAUUUAAAGCAAUAAGAGUAAAUUAUUAAAUAACACAUAUAACCUAUAACCUAAUAAACAUCGAUAUAAAAACAAAUUAGUAAAUAACCAAUUAAACAAUAAAUAUAAACAUUAAAUUAAGAAAUCAUUAAAAUAGAUAAUAAUAACAAUGCUACUAAUAUUUAAAAAUAAUUCUAAAAACAUUAAUAUUAACAAUAAUUAUUUAAAAAAUUAAAAGAUUCAGGAGAAGUAAAAGAAAUACCUCAUGUAAAAUAGAA